UCCGGCUGUACAGAAAGGAAGUUGACAAACACGUGAGGACCCCAGUUAGAGGCAGCUGCGCACGGAAUUGGAACCUUUGGCAGCCGCGUGGUAAUGUUUCUCCAGUAUUACCUCAACGAUCAGGGAGAACGGGUCUAUACCCUGAAGAAACUCGACCCUAUGGGACAACAGACCUGCUCGGCCCAUCCUGCUCGGUUCUCCCCAGACGACAAAUACUCUAGACAUCGAAUCACCAUCAAGAAACGCUUCAAGGUGCUCAUGACCCAGCAACCGCGCCCUGUCCUCUGAGGAUCUCUUAAAAGUUCGUGUCUCUUCUGCUGCCUGCUAGCCCUCGAGAGACUCUGAAAUCAAGCUCUUCAGUCUGUGAGCCUUGGAGCCUUCUUACGGCCCUUGCUCUUUGGAAUCCGGUCUCAUCAUUGCCCUUGAUCAUGUUUGUGUGAAGAUACCAUCCCGUUUUAAGGGGAAGAAGUUUGAAUUUUCAUAUUUUGAAUCACUGCCAGGUUAUUAAAAUGAUUUGAAAGA